UCGCAUAGUUCCUCCCUCUUCCUUCCUUCCUUCCUCUCUUCCCCAACUUCACGAACAACGAAAAACCAAAAAUCCGAAACCUAGCAACGAACAACGAACAAAAUUCACAUUCAAACUCAUGCCCUAAGGGCCUCGGGAGGAGAUUCGGAAACGCUUCCAUGGCUGACAUUUUCAGGGACGUCUUGUUUGCUAGGGCUAGUUCGGGUGUUUUCCAUUGAGCCCCCCCGUGGCGUUCCCCAUUUUAAACCCUAGGAGAGAGAAACUUGCCGCAAUUGAAGUCUCUCCUCGCCCCACCGUCGUGCCCUAGCUUCCAAUUUCGCAACUCCGCUCUCAAUUUCAGAUAUUUCAAUUAGAUGGAAGGGAGAGAUUGUUGAUAUUAGGAUAGGAAUGCAUGGAUGUAGCUCAGGAUCUGCUCUCAUAGUAAAUGCUGAAGUUGAUUCCAUGGGAGGAGUUGUUGACGGGGGAGUUGGUAUUGGUUUGAAAACUUCUCCUCGUCGAGCAGCGAUUGAGAAGGCUCAAGCGGAGCUUAGGCAGGAGUAUGAUGUGCGUGAGGAAAGAAGAAGGGAGCUAGAAUUUCUUGAAAAAGGUGGCAAUCCUUUAGACUUUAAAUUUGGGAACGCAUCUUCUGUUAGUGUCCAAUCUACUUCACUUACUGAUCAAAAUCCGGAACAAUUUGUGACCAGUGAAGCAAAAGGCAGUUUUGCAUUGACUGCCUCCCCUCAUGGGGAUUCUGUAGAUAGUAGUGGUAGGCCCGGGGCUCCCGCAGUUUGUGAACCUAAUACCGCUGAUAAUCUCUUACUUUUUGACGGUGACCAUGAUUUGCCUGAAGGAGAAAGGAACUCUUUACAUCCUGCUCGGAGGAGUAAUAUUGUUCCAUCAGAACAAUCCUCCCAAAUUGAUGGGACUCAAAAUGCUAAGGAAUCAGAAGAUUCAGCGAUCGUCCGUCCAUAUGCUCGAAGGAAUCGGUCUAGAUCAAAUCGUGAGGGUGCUAGAUCAAAUGCAAUUGAUAUGGGGCAGAAUCGUGGUGGUCAGGGAUCUACUUUACCUGUUCGUGGAGGCUUAAGGGAUGCUAAGGCACAGAUGUGUGAAAAGAAUAAUCCAAAGGACCAGCACACAACGUCUAAUCCUAACCUAAAGUCUGCAAGUUCAAAUGGUGAUAUAACUACUAAGGUUGUUGCUUCUGAUAAUCAAUUGGAUAUAGAAUUGGAUGGUGAAAGGGUUCCAGGGAUAACAUCUGGAACAGCAAAAGCUAGCUUGCAAGAAAGUAAAUUGGAUGUUAUGGCUCCCAAAACUUCACUUGAGAACCUACACACUCAACCAUCUCAAGUUAGCGUUCAGCAAACUCCUACUGAUAUGGUUUCUAAGGAGUCUGAUGUUGGAGAAAAGGAAAAGCUGGAUUCAUCAGGUUUGGAAUGUCUGCCUCGUGGAGCUACAAUAAAUACUGAUAAGGAAACCACUUCUUCUCAGCUGAAUGGAUUUAGUGACUUGAAAGAGAAUAAAACUGUAGUAAAUGAAGUUCAAUUUAGCAAUGCAGCUGUAGGAACAAAAGGUUUAGAUUCUCAGUCUUUCUGCACCACCCAAAAGAGCCUAGGAUUAGAUGUACAUAAAGAUAGUGAUAUUUGCACUAAUGCAAGGAACAUUGAUUCUAAUGGAAUGUCUAUGGGAAAAACAUCAGAUGUUGAAGGGCUACCUGGUACUGCUGCUGCUAAACCAGUAAAGGGUAAGGAUGAAACGGAAGCUGCUAAUCAUGGUGCUGCCAUUAAUGAUGACCACUCUUCUGUUUGUCGAAACCAUUCUGAAAAUGUUCGUGCAGUCAAAAUCGAUAAAGAUGCACAUGAAAGUGCAUCUGAAUUGCAAAGUGAAGGUAAGAUUCUUUCAAACAGUGAGGUAGUUCAACACUGUGACCAUGUGCUAUCAGAAACGGAUGGAAAAGUAGAGGAUGUAUCAAACAAUAAUUCCAGCCUGGACAAGGAGAAUUCUGCUGGGAGAUGCCACGAUCCCGUGGAUAUCUCUAUGCAUGAACGUCCUGAUGCUACUUUGUCUGAGAUGCAUUCUACCGUGGCCACUGAUCCUCAGACAACUUCUGUUAAUAGCUUGAAAGUCGCAGACAAAGCACAAGAAGACUCUGUUUUGGAAGAGGCUCGAAUUAUAGAGGCCAAGCGUAAAAGGAUUGCUGAAUUAUCUGUUCGUUCUAUGCCGCCUGAGAAUCGUCGGAAAUCUCAUUGGGAUUUUGUCCUUGAGGAAAUGGCAUGGUUGGCAAAUGAUUUUGCACAGGAGCGUCUUUGGAAGAUAACAGCUGCUGCCCAGAUAUGUCACCGGGUUGCUUUUACUUCUCAGUUGAGAUUUGAAGAACAGCAUCAGCGUUCCAAAGUGAAAGAACUUGCUCAUAACUUGGCAAAGGCUGUCAUGCAAUUUUGGCAUUCAGCUGAGGUGACUUUAAACUCUGGUGACCUUACCGUUUCUCCGGAAAAUUGCAAGUCUGGUUUGGUUGGAAAGGCAUCAGAAGAAGUUUCUAAAGACAAGAAUGACAAAUCCAACAUGCUGCUGGAUCCAGUGGAAGAAUUGAAAGUUCAAUAUCCCAAAAAGGAUGUUGCACUUGCUGUGCAGGGUUAUGCAGUGCGAUUCUUGAAAUAUAACAGCUCUAUUGGUAUGGCAGUCAAAGCGGAGGCACCGGCAACACCUGAGAGGAUCUCCGAUUUGGGCAUUCAGGAAAUUUCCUGGGAGGAUCAUUUUACGGAAGAGAAUCUGUUCUACACAGUUCCCUUGGGUGCAAUGGAAACUUACAGAAAAUCUAUUGAAGCUCAUCUCGUACAGAUUGAGAAAACUGGAAGUAGCAUGCAAGAGGAGGUUGAGACGUCUAUGUAUGAUGCUGUAGCAGAUUACAGUUUUCAAGAGAAUGCAUUCGCCGAAGACGAAGGAGAAACAAGUACAUAUUAUUUGCAUGGAGCCUUUGAAGGUAGCAAGUCAUCAAAAUCUAUCCAGAAGAGACGAAAGAACAUAGUUUCAUACACAAGGCCAUAUGAAGCGGGAGCUGAGUUGCCUUAUGGACAGUGCAACUCUGCCACUCAACAAUCCAUGUUGAUGGGAAAAAGGCCUGCCAAUCUCAAUGUUGGUUCAAUUCCUACAAAACGCAUGCGCACUGCUUCCAGGCAGAGGGUUGUCAGCCCUUUUAGUGCUGCGCCUACUGCAAAUUUACAGGUUCAGAUGAAGACGGAUGCUUCAAGUGGAGAUACUAAUUCCUUUCAGGAUGACCAGAGUACCUUGCAUGGUGGAUCCCAGUUCCAGAAAAGUAUGGAAGUUGAGUCUGUUGGGGAUUUUGAUAAGCAUUUGACGUAUGACUGUGCAGAAACAUCAAUGAAACCUAAAAAGAAGAAGAAGGCAAAACAUCUGGGCUCCACGUAUGACCAGGGAUGGCAGCUGGAUUCUACUACUGUUAAUGAUCAGAGGGAUCAUUCUAAAAAGAGAACUGAAAAUCAUCAUUUUGAAUCUAAUGGCACAAGUGGUUUAUAUGGGCAACAUAGUGCCAAGAAGCCAAAGAUAUCGAAACAAUCACUGGAGAAUACUUUUGACAACAUCACUUCAAUGACUGGUUCCAUUCCUUCUCCAGUGGCAUCCCAAAAUAAUAUGUCUAACACAAGUAAAUUUAUAAAAUUGAUUGGUGGCCGAGAUAGAGGUCGAAAAACUAAAUUGCUGAAGAUAUCUGCUGGGCAGCCAGGUUCUGGGAGUCCUUGGACAUUAUUCGAAGACCAGGCACUUGUUGUCCUCGUACAUGACAUGGGUCCAAAUUGGGAGCUCAUAAGUGAUGCUAUCAACAGUACCCUGCAUUUCAAGUGCAUCUUUCGUAAGCCUAAAGAAUGCAAGGAGCGUCACAAAAUAUUAAUGGAAAAAACUUCUGGUGAUGGGGCUGAUAGUGCCGAAGAUUCAGGGUCAUCUCAGCCUUAUCCAUCUACCUUACCAGGCAUUCCAAAGGGAAGUGCCAGGCAGUUAUUCCAACGUUUGCAAGAGCCAAUGGAGGAGGAUACUCUCAAGUCUCAUUUUGAGAAAAUCAUUAAGAUCGGGCAGAAGCAACAUCAUCGCAGGACUCAGAAUGAAAACCAGGAUCUGAAACAAAUAGCACCAGUCCACAAUUCUCAUGUUAUUUCUCUUUCCCAAGCCUGCCCAAAUAAUCUGAAUGGAGGUGUUCUAACGCCUCUCGAUCUCUGUGAUACAACUCCGUCAAACCAAGAUGUCCUUUCCCUCGGAUGUCAAGGUUCUCAUGCUAGCGGUUUAUCACCAAACCAGGGUGCUGUUGCAUCGUUACUUCCUUCCGGGGCAAAUUCCCCCCUACAAGGAUCUGCUGGUGUGGUUCUGGGCAAUAACUUGUCGUCGCCAUCGGCUGUACAUAAUGCCACUGUUAGGGAUGGUCGGUACAAUGUUCCAAGAGCAUCUUCUUUACCCGUUGAAGAACAGCAAAGAAUGCAACAAUAUAAUCACGUCUUAUCUGGUAGAAAUAUUCAGCAAUCCAGCUUGCCCGUACCUGGUGCUCUUUCUGGAAAUGGAGUACGUAUGCUACCUGGUGGAAAUGGUAUGGGCAUCAUGGCAGGGAUGAACAGAAGCAUGCCAAUCUCAAGGCCAGGGUACCAGGGAAUUACUUCAUCAUCUAUGCUGAAUUCUGGGAGUAUGCUUUCAUCUAGUAUGGUAGGGCUCCCAAGCCCUGUUAAUAUGCAUGCUGGAGGUAGUUCUGGUCAAGGAAACUCAAUGAUAAGACCUCGUGAGGCUUUGCAGAUGAUGAGGCCCGGACAUAAUGCAGAGCAUCAAAGGCAAAUGAUAAUGCCAGAGCUUCAAAUGCAGGGGGCACAAGGGAACAGCCAAGGGGUUACUCCCUUCAAUGGUUUGAAUGCUGCCUUUCCUAACCAGACAACGCAGCCACCAGUUCCAUCAUAUCCUGGCCAUCCCCAGCAGCAGCAUCAGGUGUCCUCGCAACAGUCCCAUGGACUUAGCAGCCCUCAUCACACUCAUCUUCAAGGCCCCAAUCAUGCUGCGGGUUCACAGCAGCAAGCAUAUGCAAUCCGUUUUGCUAAAGAAAGGCAGCUGCAGCAACGGUAUUUGCAGCAGCAGCAACAGCAGCAACAGUUUGCUGCAUCUAAUGCUCUAAUAUCACAUGUCCAGCCGCCGACCCACCUUCCUGUUUCGUCAAAUCUACAAAAUAGUUCCCAGAUUCAAUCACAAACUCCAUCUCAACCAGUAUCGCUGUCUCCUUUAACACCUUCUUCCCCAAUGACUGCCAUGUCGGCGCAGCAUCAGCAGAAACAUCACCUUCCUACUCAUGGGAUAAGUAGGAAUCCUGGUACUAGUGGAUUGACCAAUCAGAUAGGAAAGCAACGACAGCGUCAGCCACAGCAGCAGCAUCUUCAACAAACUGGUAGGCACCAUCCUCAGCAACGGCAACAUGUGCAGUCUCAGCAGCAAGCUAAACUUUUGAAGGGGGUAGGAAGAGGGAUGGUUCAGAACCUAUCUGUGGACCCUUCUCAUUUAAAUGGCCUUUCUUUGCCCCCAGGAAGCCAGCCUCUGGAGAAAGGAGAGCAAAUUAUGCAGUUGAUGCAAGGACAAGGAGUGUAUCCAGGGUCUGGUCUCAAUUCAAUGCAUCCACCGAAGGCAAUGGUUCCUCAGUCUUCGAACCAUUCACAGCUGCAGCCAAAGCUACUUUCUAGCUCGGCUCCCCCUUCGACGAAGCAACUCCAGCAAAUGCCUUCUCAUUCAGAUAACAGCACUCAAGGCCAAGUUCCACCAGUUUCUUCAGGUCAUAUGCUAUCAUCAUCACAUCAAGUUGUUCCCCCAGCAGUUAUGGGUUCCAAUCACCAGCAACUACAGCCACAGUCACAGCCACAUCAAAAGCCAGCCAAUCAAACUCAACCAGGCGUUCAGAAAAUGAUUCAACAAAAUCGCCAAGUGAAUUCUGAGAUGCCGAAGAAGUCCCAGAAUGAUCUACCUCAAGCUGAGCAGCAGCCUGUAAAUAAUGGUUCUCAGGUGGGUGCAGGCGUGGCAAUAUCUCAGUCUAUGGAUUCUGCUGUUGCAAUGCCUGUUGCGGCACCCCAAUGGAAAUCAUCAGAACUUGCUGUUUAUGACUCUAAUAUUCCAAAUUCAACCAUUCAAGCAGGUUCUGUUGGGAGCCCAUCCCUUACAAAUUCAUCUGGAACUGAACCAUCUGUUAAUCAAGGGCUAGGUCCAAGACAAUUAUCUGGUAGCUUGUCCUCUCAUGGACAUAAUGUUGGGGCUCAGUGGCAGCAGUCACAGCAGCAGAUGCAGCCACCACAAUCAGUACAACAGUCUCCGGCGUUGCCACCUGCAUCCCAGCAGUAUAUGCAACAAGAACAACAGCAACAACAGCCAGAGCAAAAGUCACCUCAAAAUCAAGUGCCCUUGCAACAGCAGCCUCAACAGCAAAUACAACAUCUGCAAGCAGGGCAGGGAAGUUUGUAUUUGAGGCCUGCUAAUUCUAAACCGGAAUGAAGCAACCAUGAAAAUGGAGCUAUUCUGAGACCAACCGGUCCUCUCAGGGUUGGGCCUUUUUGCCCUUGUUACAGCCGUGUACAGAUGAAGCUGGUUAUUCGACAAGGGCAUUGAUAGAUAGAGAUGCUGAUUAUUAUUUCAGGUUUUGUUAAAACUUAACUGGGACUACUGAAGCUAUAUUGGCAAGGGAUUUUCCUUUUGAUUUUUUGAAAUCAUGUAAAUUACCACUCCCUCUAGAGCUCGGGAAGAUGGAGACUGAUAUAGAGGUAUGUGUACAGGGUCUCAUCUCUCGUUUUUUUUUUUUUCUUUUUUUUCCUACCGUUUUCCGGUUUCUAUGACCUGCUGCAGUGGGGACCCUUUUUUCUUUUCUUAGGGUAGAUUAGAGUAUGUAUCAUUACCCUUUCAUGUCAGGGGGGUAGCAAUCAUUUUUAUGGGGCAAAAGCCUUUUGCAAAUUUUGUGAAUAUUGGGUUCUGGUGUACACACUGGUUAAUGGUGUUAGAAACAAUCAUCAAUCUCUCAAUGCCAUGGGCGUCUGUGGAAUCAUUGUAAUCUGUAACGAAAUUUCUCAGUUCCUAUAAUGCAAAAGUCUCUGAUAGCGGAUCAAUCAUCUGCUGGGAUGAAUUUUAGAGUUAACAGCGUAGUUAGUUAGUUUGUGUGUGUUUUUCUCCCAAACACCCCC